AUGAGUGAUUUACAAUGGAAGAAGCUGGAGGUCUUGGGAGCAGGUUCUUAUGGCACUGUUUAUCUUGGCAUUCUUGUUGAUGAACAAAUACGGUUUCAUAGCUUCAUUGCUGUGAAGAGCUCUAUUCCCAAACUGGCAUUCUCACUGAAGAAAGAGGAACAGAUUUUUAAAUCAGUUUGGGAAGAUGAAAGCGGUCGUUGCCAAGAAAUCAUUCAAUGCUUUGGAACUGAGACCACGGUAGAGCAUGGACUUUGCUUUUACAAUCUUUUCUUGGAGUAUGCUCCUCACGGUUCUUUGGCUGACUUGAUUCACAAGAAACCUCUUCCCGAGACGGAGGUGAGUGUCUAUGCACGCAUGAUUGUUAAAGGACUUUCGCAUAUUCAUCGCAAAGGAAUCGUCCACUGUGACCUCAAGCCGGAGAACAUUCUUGUGUUUCCUUCAUUGGAUAAAGAGAUUGCAAACUAUCAAUUAAAGAUUGCGGAUUUUGGAUUAUCGAAGACCAAAGAGGAGGAAGCAGAUGUUGAGUUGUGGAAGUCCAAGCCGAGAGUGAUUGAAAUGCUCACUGGAUUGCCUGCCUGGGGUGAGAGCCCUUUGCUUAUUGAGGAGUUGAGGUACUUGGUUGAACAUCAUGAACUAUCACCCAAGAAGCCGCAGGGAAUCGGUUUUUUCUGUCAUGAUUUUCUGGAAAAGUGCUUUAUGAAGGAUCCUAGCAAGAGAUGGACUGCUGACAGGCUUCUUGAUCAUCCUUUCCUUUAUAUCACAAUGUUUCAUUCAUAUUAUCUUGCAACUUGGCUAUGAUUGUUUUUCUUAAUUAGUUUCAUUGCAACCUUAUUUAUGGUUUAUGUAAUUAGAGCUAUUCUGAUGACAUUGUAAGAUUGAAUGGUUUGGUUUAUUG